AAAAAACAUGAAGCCUGUUAAAAUACACUUAAAUUUUAUUUAAAUAAUUUUCGUUAAUAAAUUGAUUUGUUUAUAAAUAAUUCGUAUGAAUACAAAUGGAAUUUGUUAAACCGUUUUUGAAAACAACAAUUAAAAACUCAACAAGAAAAAAAUAAUUUUAAGAAUACCUACCUAGUGUUGAUUUAAAAUAAACAAAUAUUUUAAGUGAAAUUGUGGCAAAAUUUAAUAAAAAAAAGAAAUAUUUAUUUUAAUAAAGAAAAUGUGCGUAAACGUUAUGUUUUGCUAAAAAUUUAAAAUUGGAAAAAACAAAUGCAACGUGUAACUGGAAAUUAUCAUUAACCAAAAGAUAGUUAAACUUUCGCCCGCACAGACAUGCCUCAUUUACCGGUAAAUCGUCUACACAUCAUUAUACUCAUUUAUAUAUUCAUAUUUGUGCCGGAAAUAUGGUCAAAAUCUUCGGCUCUGGAAAAACACUAUAUACGUGGCGGUUUACAUGCUCCAUGUUUUUUCUUUCAAACCGUCAAUGUCACCGAUGAUCAGAGAUUUGACAAUGGUUCUUAUUUACACGAGGGCGUUCUCAUUCCCCAUCAAUAUAUUGCUGUUUACAAUUACAUCUACACCGAUCCGGUUACGGCUGUCAAAGUUACACCUCAUUUACGCGGCUGUAUUUGUAAGGUGAAGUCGUGCAUUAAUUUCUGUUGUCCCUUUGGCAAGCUGUACAGUGCAAAUGAGUCGUCGUGUGUUGAUGCUCAUAAUGAUUUUGAAUGGCCGACAACGUUGAAUAUGACAUUGUCAGAUGGUUCGCUGAAGACGGUGAAUAUAUUUCAACAAUAUGCCAUAGUGCACUUUAGACCGUGUAAUCCCAUGUAUGCAUUGGAGCCUCAGAGAGAACCCGAAGAUGCUUGGAAUAUAUUUGCGAAUGGCACAAUUUUCCGCCACUACGAUGAAUCGUAUUUAAGCAAACUAGAGUAUUGUAUGGUGCCAACCAUGGGCAACGAUACGAAUGCAACAUUCUAUUUAAAUCCGGCCAAUUGUGAUUUGAGUCCGGGUUAUGGCACAAUGAAAAUAAUAAAUGCCUACGCCAUGUUGUUCUCCAUACCCUUUAUGAUGCUGACCAUUUUGGUGUAUUUGGCCAUACCGGAGCUGCGUAAUCAGCAUGGCAAAUCGUUGGUGUGCUAUUUAUUUGGCUUAAUUGUGGGCUAUUCAAUGUUGUGUGUGAAUGCUUUGUCGGCCAACAUAGAUGUUAUGGGUUUGCCUUGCAAAGUUAUAGGCUAUACAGCAUAUUACUUCUUUAUGUCGGCUUUCUUUUGGCUGAGUGUUAUCAGUUUUGAUUUGUGGCAUAAUUUUCGGGGCACUCGAGGCAUUAAUCGUUUUCAGGAAAAGAAACGUUUUGCCAUGUAUUCGGUGUAUUCUUGGGGUAUUCCAAUAAUAUUUCUAAUUGGCACCUGGUUUAUACAAGAACGAGUUGAUAUACCUUACGACUGGAAGCCUGGUAUUGGUGGGGGUGAAUAUUGCUGGAUCAAUAUGUUAACCUGGUCGGGUUUGGUGUACUUUUUCGCCCCCAUUAUUGGCAUAAUUGUGGCCAAUAUCAUUAUGUUUGUCAUGACGGCCAUGAAGAUUCAUAAAGUUCAGCGUGAAAUGGCUAGGAUCAUGGCCCGAGAGGACAGUACGCGCAAUUUGAGAAAUGAAAAAGACAGAUUUGGUUUAUUUUUACGCUUAUUUUUGGUCAUGGGCGUGACUUGGUCCUUGGAAAUUGUUUCGUAUUUCGUGGGCGCCGACAAGCCCUGGUCGAAAAUCUUUUAUGUGGCUGAUAUUUGUAAUGCCAUACAAGGUUUCUUGAUUUUCAUGUUGUUUGUCAUGAAGAAGAAGGUCAAACAGUUGAUUACAAAUAGGUAUUCGGUACGAGACAGCAGCAAUCAGCGUCAAAGCCAGUACUCUACUAAAACAACCUCCAGCAGCGUGGGGAAUUUAGCGUUGCCAAAUUCCACUAUAUCCCCCGAUAAACCCCUGAUGAAACCUCUCGAACGUACCACGGUAUUAAGUGGUCUAUAAAUGAAUUCAUUGAUUUUUCAUUAAGUUAUAUAAAAUUAAACUACAUAAAUCUUUAUUAUGUAUAUCGAAUGUUUAUCUAAGUCGUUUUUUAACUUUUAAAUAUAGAAUAUUGGAAUAAAAGUCUUUAUUUGUGUAUUUAUAAUCAUCACUGAUCUAAACAAAAGACAAAAACACAUUAUGGAUAUUCAUUAGCCAGAGUAACUAUUUGAAAUUCUUUUUUAGUUUUGUAAUUGUCAUUCCUCAAUUUAGUAAAUAUUUAUAAAAUAUAAAUUGUUGUUAAUUAUGUAUAACUUCUUUAAAAAUGUUUAUUUGCCAGCUUAAGACAAAGUUUUAUGUGUCUUUUUUGUGUUUAAUUUGAAAUUUAAUAAUAUCUUGUAACUGGAAUAGUUAUAUAGAUUCUCAAUAUUCUAUGUACUCAUCGCAUAAAUCUAUGUAAUUUUAAUUAUUAUCUACUAAUUUCUGUUUAUAAAUUUUAAGCUUUAAUUUUAGUUUAAGUCGCUUAAUGUUUAAAUAUUUGUAUAUUUUCCAUACACAAAAAAAAAAAUAUAGUAUAUUUUUAAGAAAAUUGUUGUAAAUAAAACCAAAGAACUUAAGAAUUUAUUAAAA